AUGAAACUGUCGAAUGAGACUGUCACGAUUGAGCUCAAGAACGGAACGAUCGUCCACGGGACAAUUACUGGUGUGGACAUCAGCAUGAACACACACCUCAAGGCGGUCAAGAUGACGGUCAAGGGCAAGAACCCAGUCAGCUUGGACUCGCUGAGCAUUCGUGGCAACAACAUCCGCUACUACAUAUUGCCCGAUUCGCUGAACCUCGACACGCUGCUGAUUGACGACACCCCCCGCGAGAAAGUGAAAGCAGGUGCUCCUGCAGGCAGCGGACGUGGACGUGGUCGUGGCCGCGGGCGCGGGCGCGGGCGUUUGUAA